GCGGACGUGACGCAAAUGCGUUUCCGGCGGGGGUGGGCGGGGCUUCGCGUCUCCAUCUAGGGAUAUCUGCGGACCGUAUGGAAGCAAAGACUCUUGGAAUUGUAACACCCAGAAAACCUGUCUUAUCUGUCAGUGCAAGAAAAAUUAAGGACAAUGCGGCUGAUUGGCACAAUUUAAUCCUGAAGUGGGAAACCCUCAAUGAUGCAGGUUUUACCACUGCAAAUAAUAUUGCCAACUUGAAAAUCAGUUUAUUGAAUAAAAACAAGAUAGAACUAGACAGCAGCAGCCCAGCCUCGAAGGAAAAUGAAGAAAAGGUGUGUCUGGAAUAUAACGAGGAACUGGAGAAGCUGUGUGAGGAACUGCAGGCCACCGUGGAUGGGUUGACCAAAAUACAGGUGAAAAUGGAAAAGCUGUCUUCAACUACCAAGGGAAUUUGUGAACUAGAAAACUACCAUUAUGGGGAGGAGAGUAAACGACCCCCUCUGUUCCACACGUGGCCUACAACCCAUUUCUAUGAGGUUUCGCAUAAGCUCUUGGAGAUGUACAGGAAGGAGCUGCUCCUGAAGUGCACAGUGGCCAAGGAGCUUGCACACGCCGGGGAUCCCGACCUCACCCUGAGCUACUUGUCCAUGUGGCUGCACCAGCCCUACGUGGAGAGCGACAGCAGGCUGCAUCUGGAGAGCAUGCUGCUGGAGACAGGCCACCGAGCUCUGUGACGUCCCGAGACGGCUGCGGACACUGGCUCCUUCCACGUCUCACCAGGCAGACAGUCUGCCUAGGACCCAGUGCCGCAGGCCUGGAUCAGACCCCAGGAUCAGACCUUCUUGGGGUCUUCUGGCCAGAGCUUGUCGCCAGCACCGUGGCCUCUCCAGGCAUGCUCAUGCCCACAACCCGCGGCCAGCCCCACGUGGUGCCACUCAGCCUUCUCUGCCCCUCCUGGGAAUCCGUCACUCAUGGGUGCUUCAGAGUAAAAUCAAUGAGUUUCUGAGCAGAA